CCUGCUUCCACUGUAACCAGCGCUGCCCGCUCGGUCUUGGUUGCUUCCUUUUGGCACCGAUCCGUUUAGCUCCUCCCGAGCAACUUUACAGCGAGCUUUGCGUCCCAAGGGCGUCGCGGCGCCGCGUGAAGCCCACUUGCGGGCUGGAUGGCCUCCAGCGCCCCUCCUCCGAGCCCCUUGGGCCCACAGCCUCCACCGCCGCCACAGCCCCAGGCCCGCUCACGGCUCAAUGCCACCACCUCGGUGGAGCAGGAGAAAGGUGGGGCACCCCGAGCCCCCGGACCCCAGGUUGGACCUGGACCAGAUGGGAGAGACACAGCUGCCCCAGCUGUGCCCCGGGCCUCGCCUGCCAGGAGCCGAGAAAGGGUGGAUGGAACAGGACCUGUGAAGGGAGAUGUGGACACCCCCUUUGAAGAGGUCCUGGAGAAGGCUAAGGCCGGAGACCCCAAGGCGCAGACAGAGGUGGGGAAGCACUACCUGCAGCUUGCUGGUGACGGGGACGAAGAGGUCAACAACUGCACUGCCGUGGACUGGCUGACCCUCGCCGCCAAGCAGGGCCGGCGCGAGGCCGUCAAGCUUCUCCGCCGGUGCCUGGCGGACAGAAAAGGCAUCACCUUGGAGAACGAGCAGGAGGUGAGGCAGCUUUCCUCCGAGACCGACCUGGAGCGGGCCGUGCGCAAGGCGGCCCUCGUCAUGUACUGGAAGCUGAACCCCAAGAAGAAGAAGCAGGUGGCCCUGUCGGAGCUGCUGGAGAACGUGGGCCAGGUCAACGAGCAUGAUGGAGGGGUGCCGCCGGGUCCCGUCCCCAAGUCACUGCAGAAGCAGAGGCGGGUGCUGGAGCGCUUGGUCAGCAGCGAAUCCAAGAGCUACAUAGCGCUGGACGAUUUCGUGGAGAUCACCAAGAAGUACGCCAAGGGCAUCAUCCCCGCCAACCUGUUCCUGCAGGACGACGACGACGAGGAGCUGGCGGGCAAGAGCCCGGAGGACCUGCCGCUGCGCCUGAAGGUGGUCAAAUACCCCCUGCACGUUAUCAUGGAGCUGAAAGAGUACCUGAUCGACGUGGCCUCCCGGGCGGGCGUGCACUGGCUGUCCACCCUCAUGCCCACCCACCACAUCAACGCCCUGGCCUUCUUCUUCAUCAUCAGCAACCUCACCAUCGACUUCUUCGCCUUCUUUGUGCCCCUGGUCGUCUUCUACCUGUCCUUCAUCUCCAUGGUCAUCUGCACUCUCAAGGUUUUCCAGGACAGCAAGGCCUGGGAGAGCUUCCGUGCCCUCACCAGCCUGCUCCUGCGCUUCGAGCCCAACCUGGAUGUGGAGCAGGCCGAGGGGAACUUCGGCUGGAACCACCUGGAGCCCUACAUCCACUUCCUGCUGUCCGUCUUCUUUGUCAUCUUCUCCUUCCCCAUCGCCAGCAAGGACUGCAUCCCCUGCUCAGAGCUGGCCGUGGUGUCAGUCUUCUUCACCAUCACCAGCUACAUGAGCCUGAGCACCUCGGCCGAGCCCUACACCAGGAGGGCCCUGGUGACCGAGGUGGCGGCCGGCCUGCUCUCCCUCCUGCCCACCGUUCCUGUCAACUGGCGCUACCUGAAGCUGCUGGGCCAGACCUUCUUCACGGUACCUGUCGGCCACUUCAUCGUCCUGAACGUCAGCGUUCCCUGCCUGCUCUAUGUCUACCUGCUCUACCUCUUCUUCCGCAUGGCCCAGCUGAGGAACUUCAAGGGCACCUACUGCUACCUGGUCCCCUACCUGGUCUGCUUCAUGUGGUGUGAGCUCUCCGUGGUCAUCCUGCUCGAGUCCACCGGCCUGGGGCUGGUGCGCGCGUCUGUCGGCUACUUCCUCUUCCUCUUCGCUCUUCCCAUCCUGGUGGCCGGCCUGGUGCUGAUGGGCGUGGUGCAGUUGGCCCGCUGGUUCGUGUCCCUGGAGCUCACGAAGAUCACGGUCACCGCAGUGGUCUGCGGCAUCCCCCUGCUGGUCCGCUGGUGGACCAAGGCCAACUUCUCUGUGGUGGAGACGGUCAGGUCCCUGACACGGAGCUCCAUCGUCAAGCUCAUCCUGGUGUGGAUCACGGCCAUCGUGCUCUUCUGCUGGUUCUAUGUGUACCGCUCGGAGGGCAUGAAGGUCUACAACUCCACGCUGACCUGGCAGCAGUAUGGCUUCCUGUGCGGGCCGAGGGCCUGGAAGGAGACCAACAUGGCCCGCACCCAGAUCCUGUGUAGCCACCUGGAGGGCCACAGGGUCACGUGGACCGGCCGCUUCAAGUACGUCCGCGUGACGGAGAUCGACAACAGCGCCGAGUCGGCCAUCAACAUGCUGCCACUCUUCAUCGGCGACUGGAUGCGCUGCCUCUACGGUGAGGCCUACCCGUCCUGCAGCCCCGGCAACGUCUCCACCGCCGAGGAGGAGCUCUGCCGCCUCAAGCUGCUGGCCAAGCACGCCUGCCACAUCAAGAAGUUCGACCGGUACAAGUUCGAGAUCACGGUGGGCAUGCCCUAUAGCAGCGCCAACGGCACGCGGGGCCCCGAGGAGGACGACGUCACCAAGGACAUUGUGCUGCGGGCCAGCAGCGAGUUCAAGGAUGUGCUGCUCCACCUGCGCCAGGGCAGCGUCAUCGAGUUCAGCACCGUCCUCGAGGGCCGCCUGGGCAGCAAGUGGCCCGUCUUCGAGCUCAAGGCCAUCAGCUGCCUCAACUGCAUGGCGCGCCUCUCGCCGGCCAGGCGGCACGUGAAGGUCGAGCAGGACUGGCGCAGCACCGUGCACCGUGCCGUGAAGUUCGCCUUCGACUUCUUCUUCUUCCCCUUCCUGUCGGCAGCCUGAGGACGCGUCUCAUCGCAGGAGUGUCUGUGCAUGUGGCUGCCGGGACCUCCCCCGUGUGGCCCCCGGCUGGAUGGCGCAACACUAACCACUGUGUGUGUGUGUGUGUAUACGCAUUUGCAAGCGCAGGACUUCGGAGACCCUUUGUCGUGUGUGGUCUGCUCACACCUCUGUGAGCAGGCUGACUUCUUUAGCUCCGCCCACUUUGCCCAGCGUGCAUGGCCUCGACCCACAGUCCUGACCUGUCCGCGUGCAGCUGGCGUGUCAGGCUAGACUAGAUUCCUGUGCCCAGAAAGCACUUUACGGUUGCUGCCCUCCCUCCCCCAUCACCUCCAUGCACGCCCUGGCCCCUCAUUUACUUCUGUUUGGGUUUGUUAUUUAAAGAACCAGUAGUGCUGCUGUGUGAUAGCACUUGGUAUUUAUUUGGUCACUGGUAAGCCUUGACAGCUGUUUGUUGAUCCUGGGGGCCUACAGAGCUGCUCUGUCAUGUGACCAAGGCCCUGCCCGAUUCUGAGAUCAGAGGCCAUACGGGCAGAAGCCCUGAGCUCUGUAUCCCACAGCCUGCCUGCCUCGCAGCUCUCCUGUCUGGUGGGACUCAGCUCACCUGAAUGAGGUGGAUUCAGGGGCUUGGUGGAUUUCCAGGACGAGGAAAUAGAAGGAACCUGGGGCAUCCCUUCGCAGUGCCAGAGAAGCUAGGCCACGUUCAGAGCCAGAAAGCAGGAAGUCAAGGUCCUGAAGCAGCUGAAAUAAAAACCUUUGAUGGAA